AUGGCAAUCGAAAAACGCCUCUUUGUGGGAGGCUUCACCACCCAUAUCGAUGAGUGUUGUGUUGAGCUUUUUACGAGAUUUCAAAGAUUCGGUCGAUGCUUGUCUGAUGCGUUCGAAACGCACGAUAGCUUUGCUUUCAUCAACAUGAACUUUGAAGACGAAAAUGCCUACCAGAAGCUAAGACGAAGCUUCAAUGGCAUGAAAUAUAAAGGAAAUAUUUUGAAAAUCGAUGUUGCAAAACUAAAUUGGCAAGAACGCUGGAAGUUAGAAAAUUCAAAAUUAGAUCAACUGGAGAAGACCAAAAAAGAUCAAAUUCUGAAAAGGGAAUGGGAGCAUUAUAAAAAGCUGGAAAAUAUCAAAAAAUCGUGGCUUGAUAGAAUACAAGUCCACUACGGCAGAAUGCGUAAGACUCCGAGACCAAAGAACCAACUUAGAAACAUCACAUUCAGAAUCAAUCGGGACGGUCAUUUAAAAGUAUACAAAUGCUAUAAAACAAAACUAUGGGGAUAUGAGAGAAAUAAGAAAGCCAGGGACCUAGCUUACAAAUUUGUAGAUAGUCACUGGCGAGAUGGAAAUAAUCACAUUAUAGACAGGCUUGAUUACUCUCGAUGCGAAAGACCAAUUUUCUCCCGAUAUCCUGCUUGCAAUCCUAGCUCGAGCACUGAGGCGAAUGGGAAUAAUAUUGAGGAACCAGAAGAAGACUACGAAAAGUAUCAAUACGAAAAAAUUUUGGGCAGCGUUUUAGAUGAUUAUGACUUUGACAAGCCACUGGAUCUUGACGAUGAUGAGGAAAAUGCAUCAUCUGACUAUGAAUAUAAUGCCAUUUUUCAAGAGUCUGAAAGGCAUAUCAAGGACGAAAAGUCAAUAAAACUAAAAAAGGCAGUUGAGAGCUCAACAGAGAGUACCAAUACUGAUACAACUUUUAAAACAAGUAGUACGCCAGACGAAGAUGACACCAAUAACACUGAGCCUAUAAUUGAAAAGAAGACGACAGAAAGUAGUACGACAGAAAAGUUGAGAUCACUUUUCAAUCCUGAACAGCCCACUAACAAACUUUUCAGUUUAGUCGAAGAAUCAGAUGGUGAAUUAUACGAGAAUGAACCACCAAACAAUUCCUCACGUGAAGAAGAAGAGAAACAAGAAGAAGAAGAAGAAGAAGAAGAAGAAGAAGAAGAAGCACAAAUGGUCAUAAAGCAGCAGCUCAUUAAAAGUUCUGCUAAAGGACUGUUCUUCUCUCACAUAAAUUCUCCAUUUUUGCAUGCUCAAUCAACACUUGCAAAACUUAAUAGCACGUCGGGCGGCCCAGAAAGCCUUUUUGACUCGUGGGAAGAAAAGUUCUGGGACAAUCGUGGUCUUUGGACACGAGAAAUGAAGAGCAAGAAAAGAGAUGCCAUCAGGCAGCUAAAUAAGAAAAACGGGAGAACUAAAGGAAAUAGUAUUUUACUUUAA